AUGGCUCCUGUACUGGUUGACCUCUCGAAAAUUGACUAUUAUAGUCUAUUGCGAAGACAUGUGCCAGGAAAUGGACAUUUUAUGGGAAUGCGCCAUCAGAGGGGUGAAGGCCAGCGUGGUGCAGGACUAGGUGGAAUACUUGGAGUAGCACUAAGUCUUUUGCCAAAACUGAUCAAUUCGAGUGCUGGUCAACAUCUUGUUAGUGCUGGGAAGGAACUGACAGCAGAGUUGGCACAAGGAAAGGAUUUCAAGUCUAGUUUGAAAAGUGUGGCAGCUCAAAAAAUGCGUCAAUUGACUGGGGCUGGAAAAAGGCGGAGAGGAGGUGGUGGAGCUUCAAAAAGCAUAAAAGGAAACAGUGUAACCGUUUUGAAACCUCAUUUUGUCUCAAAAAACAGUCGUCGAACCAAUUUUCUCUCGCCAUGA